AUGCUCUUCACCUCCGCUCUACUACUCAUCGCCACAUCUGCCUUGGCUGCUGUUCUGCCUUGCCCAAAAGACAGCAGCAACGGCAAUGCCAUCUUCAUAGACCCACCCAUCAAGGCAACCUGCGCUGCCUACGAACAGCGCUGCUGCAAUAGAGGAGAUCAGGGCUGUCUAGACUCGGGGUAUGGCGAGCCUUGCUGCAGUUGGUACCAAAGCUGCUGGCCGAAAUAUGACUCGGCGGGUCGCCAUUAUGAAGAUAUCUGUACUGUCGCUCCCAUCAGGCUUGCCGAGAUGAUGUUAUCUAGGCGAAUGGUGGAGCAGGUUCGGAAGGAUUAG